CCACGAGCACCUGGACUGUUGGCAGAUCUCAUCCCUGGCCCUGGGCCCCAACGGCAGGAGGGGGCGAUGCUGGCUGUGUCGCUCAAGUGGCGGCUGGGCGUGGUGAGGCGGCGGCCCAAAGACGAUGGGCCUUACUCCAAAGGAGGCAAGGAUGCAGGAGGAGCCGAUAUGGCCCUGAUGUGCCGCAGACAGAGCAUCCCAGAGGAGUUCCGAGGGAUAACUGUGGUGGAGCUGAUCAAGAAAGAAGGCAGCACGCUGGGCCUGACCAUCUCAGGUGGCACCGACAAAGAUGGGAAGCCCAGAGUCUCCAACCUGAGACCUGGGGGGCUUGCGGCCAGGAGUGACCUGCUGAAUGUGGGUGACUACAUCCGGUCAGUGAACGGGAUCCAUCUGACCAGGCUUCGCCAUGAUGAGAUCAUCACUCUGCUCAAGAAUGUGGGCGAACGCGUGGUGCUGGAGGUGGAGUAUGAGCUGCCCCCGCCCGUUCCUGAGAACAACCCAGGGAUCAUUUCAAAAACAGUGGACGUCUCCCUCUGCAAGGAGGGCAAUAGCUUUGGCUUUGUCCUCAGAGGAGGUGCCCAUGAAGAUGGCCACAAGUGCCGCCCACUUGUCCUGACCUAUGUGCGGCCCGGGGGCCCCGCUGACAGGGAGGGCUCCUUGAAGGUGGGUGACAGGCUGCUUCGUGUUGAUGGGACCCCGCUGCACGGGGCCAGCCACACUGCUGCCCUGGCCACUUUGCGGCAGUGCAGCCAAGAGGCACUCUUCCAGGUGGAGUACGACGUGGCCAUUCCAGAUACCGUGGCCAAUGCUUCAGGACCCUUGAUAGUAGAAAUAACGAAGACUCCGGGGUCCGCCCUGGGGAUUUCACUCACCACCGGAUCCCACCGGAACAAGCCGGUCAUCACCAUCGAUCGCAUCAAGCCAGCCAGCGUGGUGGACAGGAGUGGGGCCCUGCAUGCUGGAGACCACAUCCUGUCCAUCGAUGGCACCAGCACGGAACACUGCUCAUUGCUUGAGGCCACCAAGCUCCUGGCCAGCGUGUCGGAAAAAGUGCAGCUGGAGAUCCUGCCUGCGCCCCAAAGUCGGCGGCCCCUGAAGCCCUCAGAGGCAGUGAAGGUGCAGAGAAGCGAGCAUCGCUGGGACCCUUGCGUGCCCUCCUGCCACAGCCCCCGGCCGGGCCACUGUAGGACAUCCACCUGGGCCACACCUGCCAGCCAGGACCAGAGCCGAUCCUUAUCCUCAACUCCAUUUUCCUCACCGACCAUGAACCACACCUUUUCCUGCACCAACCCCAGCACCCUUCCCCGAGGAUCCCAGCCCAUGAGCCCCCGGACCACAAUGGGGCGGAGGAGGCAGCGAAGAAGGGAAUACAAGAGCUCAUUGUCCCUGGCCUCCAGCACAGUGGGGCCAGGUGGGCAGAUCGUGCACACGGAGACCACAGAGGUCGUGCUCUGCGGCGACCCCCUCAGCGGCUUUGGCCUCCAGCUCCAGGGCGGCAUCUUCGCGACCGAGACCCUGUCCUCCCCACCCCUCGUGCGCUUCAUUGAACCCGACAGCCCAGCAGAGAGGUGUGGACUGCUGCAGGUUGGGGACCGUGUCCUGUCCAUCAAUGGCAUUGCCACUGAGGAUGGGACGAUGGAGGAAGCCAACCAGCUGCUGAGGGAUGCUGCGCUGGCCCACAAGGUCGUGCUGGAGAUCGAGUUUGAUGUGGCAGAGUCUGUCAUCCCGAGCAGUGGUACGUUCCACGUGAAGCUGCCUAAGAGGCGUGGUGUGGAGCUGGGCAUCACCAUCAGCUCGGCCAGCAGGAAGCGAGGGGAGCCUCUGACCAUCUCUGACAUCAAGAAAGGCAGUGUGGCACACAGGACGGGCACCCUUGAGCCAGGCGACAAGCUGCUGGCCAUCGACAAUAUCCGCCUGGACAACUGCGCUAUGGAGGAUGCUGUGCAGAUCCUGCGGCAGUGUGAGGACCUGGUGAAGCUAAAGAUCCGGAAGGACGAGGACAACUCUGAUGAGCAGGAGACGACAGGUGCCAUCAGCUACACAGUGGAGUUGAAACGCUAUGGGGGCCCCCUGGGCAUCACCAUCUCGGGCACAGAGGAGCCUUUUGACCCCAUUGUCAUCUCGGGCCUCACGAAGCGUGGUUUGGCAGAGAGGACUGGCGCUAUCCAUGUUGGAGACCGUAUCCUGGCCAUCAACAACGUAAGCCUCAAGGGCCGGCCACUGAGUGAGGCCAUCCACCUCUUGCAGGUGGCUGGUGAGACCGUCACACUGAAGAUCAAGAAGCAGCUAGACCGCCCCCUCCCACCCCACACAUCAGGCAGCUUCAGCGAGACCAGUGAUGCAGAUGAGGACCCAUCAGAGGUGCUCAAAGGAGGCCGGCUGGCAGCCCGGUUCUCGCCUGCUAUGCCCAGUGUGGACAGCGCUGUGGAGUCCUGGGACAGCUCGGCCACGGAGGGUGGCUUUGGGGGUCCAGGUUCCUAUACUCCACAGGCAACAACCCGGGGCGUGACCCCCCAGGAGUGGCGGCCCAGCCGACUGAGAAGCAGCCCCCCACGCACUGAGCCCCGGAGGACAAGCUAUACCCCAACCCCUGCUGACGAGAGCUUCCCUGAGGAGGAGGAAGAUGAGGACUGGGAGCCACCAUCUAGCCCGGCCCCUGGCCCCACCCGAGAGGAGGGCUUCUGGAGUGUGUUCGGGGAAGCCCUCGAAGACCUGGAGUCGUGUGGUCAGUCAGAGCUGCUGAGGGAACUGGAGGCAUCCAUCAUGACGGGCACCGUGCAGAGCAUGGCCCUUGAGGGCAGGCCUGGCCACCGGCCCUGGCGGAGGGGCCGGGAGGUACAAGCUUCCCCCGAAGAGAUGCAGGAGCUGCUGCUGCCGACACCCUUGGAGAUGCACAAGGUGACCCUCCACAAGGACCCCAUGAGGAAUGACUUUGGUUUUAGCAUCUCAGACGGCCUCCUGGAGAAGGGUGUCUAUGUCCACACUGUGCGCCCUGAGGGGCCAGCCCAGCGUGGAGGCCUCCAGCCCUUUGACAGGGUCCUCCAGGUCAACCACGUUCGCACGCGGGACUUUGACUGCUGCCUGGCGGUGCCGCUCCUGGCUGAGGCUGGGGACGUCCUUGAGCUGGUCAUCAGUCGCAACCCGCUGGCACAGAGCAGCCCGGCCCCACGAGCACCAGGCCCCAGCAAGCCCCGGAUGCUCUGAAGUCAGCGCAUGGUCCAGACACUCAAGGGGGCAUCCGGGCAGAUCCUGACUUCCAGACCUGUAGCUGGGCUGAAGAAGUAGCCACCCACUCGUCUAUCUGUCCAUCUGGCAGGCUCUGAGCCACGGACAGGACUUUGUCUCUGUUCUCUGGUUCUGUGGUGACUGGGGUGCCAGGCAGUGAGGUCCCUGUCCCAGUUGGAGUCACAUCUAGGUCUUUCUCCAUGUUGGGUCUCCAAGAUAUCCAGAGGUGCCUGGCUCAAUAGGGAUAGGCUCCUUGGCCAGGAGAAGAGGGGUCUAUGGGGAGGCCCAGGUCCCUACAGGGCCUGGGUAGGGUGUCUGGUGCGGGGGAAGUCCAGCUCAGUGUGUAAAACACAUGCUCCCAGCAGAGCUGUGGGGCUGGAAUGUGCUGCCAGGGAGGAGUGAGCUCCUUGUCACAGAAGGUGAGCAAGAGGGAGCUGGAUACCCCAGUGUAGUUGUUAACUGAGGUGAGAGGCAUCCACAUGGGCUCAGAAGGUUAGUUUCCCAACAGUGGGGGUUAGGAUGGGGCUGCGGGGCCACUUCAGCUGGAGAGCUGAUCUCCAGGAAGGAUGCUGCUUGGGGUAGGAGACUGCCUUGUUCCCUUCUCCAGAAGUCUGGUGUUUGGGAUGUGCUGGUUCCUAGAUUCUCUGCAUCCCAGCGUCCCCACUUAGGAUAGUUUGAGCUGGGGCAUCUGGAAUCCAAGAAGCGCCAGCCCUUUCAUAUGAAAGUCAGUGUUUGUUUCAUUUUGGCGUCUCUGGUCCAAAGCUUCUGUGAUUCGAGACUGCAGCUCUGGACCCACUGGGAAGCUCAGUGUCAGGCUUUGGGCUCUUAGCCCCUCCAGCUGCUUUUGUAGGAUGCGUGGCCGCUCACCCAUCUGCAUACACCCCUCUCAGCCCAGGUCCCUCCGUAAGGAGGGAGGCAUUUGGGGACAAAAGACCCAGGGGACUCCAUUCACCUUCCAUUCAAUGAAGAUGGGAAGCCAUGGAAGUAUGAUAUGUAAGCUGAUGCAGCUCCUCUCGUGUCCAACUCAGUGGAGGACAAAGAGGGAGAAGCACAGAGAUGAAGAGAAAAACAGACAGGCAGCAGAGAUAAGCCAGAGAGAGGGGUCGUUCUCUCUCACACCUGUUGGUGACAGUGUCCAAAGUGGUCAUUCAAGGAAGUUUCUUCCCACUUGAAACCUGGAAGCACUAGCAUCUCUUAAAAUCCUUUUCUCAUUUUCCACAGACCAGAAACCCUUUUGAUUUUGCGAAGGGCACAGGGCGUCCACCUGGUGGUCUGGGGUGUGGCCUCUGGGAUGGACCAGGUCUGAGCUUUGCUUUGUCCCUGCCCAUCUCCUAAGCGGGGGUCUCAGGAACACAGGAGGCACCCACUGCCACUGUACCCUCCUCCACCCCUGCAUCCCCUGGGGGCCUUAAAAACACACAUCUACUCAAGAGACCAGAUGGGGAGUCAGGAAGUCUGUUCUUUUUCCACUAGGUUGCUGCUUUGCUGUGUGACCCCCUCUGAGUUUGAUGCUCCCUGCGGACAAUCGGGGGGUAGACAGUCUCCGAGCAGGUUUGGGCCUCCCUGUCCAUUGAGGCUCACUGGGCACCCUACCUGUACUUUCCCUGGGGGCCUGCCUCCCCCCCCAUACACAUACCAUACCCCUGCAUCUUGCUCCUCUGCACCCCCUCUGGAGAGCCCUCCAUGCCCUAGAUGGACUGCUCAGUGCCUCUGCUAUCCUGGAUUCCCACGUAAACAUCUGCCCCAAAGUGAAAGGGCACUGCCCACCCUUCACAGGGGCACCAAGAAAAAGCCAAGAACCCUCAGCUUGGGUCGGGGGGGCAGUGAGGAGCACAGCAGAGACAUGGCCGCCCACAGCCUCAACUGUGUGACCUUAGGGAAGUGGCCCAGCCUCUCUGGGCCUGUGUCAUUUGACAGAGCUGGACAGACCACACUCCCAGGGCCUCUUGGCUUGGUAAAGCUGUGUUGGACUGCAGGCGAGGGAAGAUGCAUCCUGACCCUCACCAAUACGCCCCUCCCUCCCUCGGGCUGAGGCCUCUGCCAUUCCCUUCACCCUACCCGGACAUAUGCAACUAGGCCAGGCAGGUGGAUCUCCUCGCUAUGGCCGGCCUUCUCAUAUGCAAUAUUUCUUCUGGCUUUUCAUGGGGAUUGUUCAUCCCACACUUGUUUCCUGAUACCAGUCCCCCGUGAGCAUCCUGCCUGCCUAUGUAUUUCGGGUACAGCCCUUGCAACACGUCCCUUCCACCCCCUAAAAGCUGUAUUUUUCUCUGGCUGAGAUGAAAGCAUAUUCCUUGUAAAGUAUUUUUCUACAUGGGGUUUCUUAGGGCUCUGGGGAAGCACCACACGCCAAGGGGCUGCAGUGCAAAGGCCAUUUGGGGUCUGUUUGGGCCCUGUGUAAAUCUGUCUGUCCCACAGGGGGCUGCAAGGACUUAGGAGAUGGGGGUGGGGUGCUGCUGGGAUGAUC